UCUCGUCUUCGGUCGGCGCGUGCCCAAAGCGGUCAGAGCUGCAUCCGACCCGCGUCGCCUAUCGUAACCUGCGCAAGCAUGUCCUUUGUCAAGUCCCUCGUGCGUCAGUUCAGCGGCGCCUCAAGCUCGAUCGAGACGGUCGAGCAAAUGCUCGAGAAGGAGCGGCAACAGCGACGCGACGAGCUGGAGCAAGCCAAGCAAACACGCGCGACCAACGCCAUGUACCAAAGCGCAAGCCUUUCUCUUCAAGACACGCUGCUGCGUUCGGCGCAGCAGCAGCUCACGCGGCUUCCCUCCCACGGCUCGGAGCGCUCGUUUGCAUCCAUGCGACGGUCGCGCGAGAGCUCGUUCGAGAUCAUUGAAAUGUCCCGCGAAGGCUCUUUCCACGAAAUCAGCGCAUCAGAUUUGCAUGAGUUUGUCGACGUCGGUGCGCCUUCUGCCCGCCGCCUGCACGAGCUGGCGUGCAUGCAAGCUGAAGAUGUCAACGCCCGCGCCAUGGUCUCGUCGCUGGCUCAUACGGACGAGUCUUUGCCGCCUCUGUCCUCGCUCGCUGCGCGCUACUCGUCCGAGUGGAUCGAAGCCGCCUUGCAACGCGUGUCCGCGCCGGUGCCAGCCAUGUACAUUCGCUACCGCAAGGUCGAGCCGGUUGUCGCCAAGACCGUCGCAUCCGCCGCCGUGCACGAGUACCUCGUCCAAGGCUUGCGCUCGGCUGUGACGACACGGAUCGAGUGUGCUGGUAUGGAAGCUCACGACUUGGCCGCGCCCCAGACGGAGCAAGAGACCAUGGCGAAGCACGACGUUAACGUCAAGACAGACUGCACCGAGAUGGCAGCGAUGGCAAAGCACGACGUCAAUGUGGCGGCGACCAACCGCGAGCAAGAUCGUAUGGCGCGACACGACGUGGAUACCCCACAGCACUGCGCAGAACCCCAACGUGUGCGCUCCCAGGAUGUGACGUCGGUCACACUGACGGCCCUUGAGCGCGCUCGCUCCGUGGCGAUGCGGCUCCAUGAUGUGAACGUCCCAACACCGGCGACUGAAGCUUCGAGUGCCGCAGAGAUGGCACGGGCGACGCUGACGAUGCCAGAGCAGGAUGCAGCGAUCAAGAUGCGUGACAGCGCCCGAGCCGCCAAGGAGCUUGCUGCAUUUUACGCCACCCGCAAGCAAGCGCGGCAAGCACGUUUGCUCCAGAACCGCUCGGACGAGGAGCACAAGAUGUCGGCGAUGCAAGAGCAGGCGAGCUGGGGCAAGGUGCUGCAACUAAUCGAUGGCCCCACGCACCAUUCAACGUUCGCGUCUGUGCCUGCGCCCAUGUCGCGCAUGUUCAACAUGCUCAAGGGCUACGCGGCCUAAAGCGUCCGUCCUCGAUGUCGUAUAUUGUACAAUAGACAUUCUUU